GGAACGAUUGGCCGUCGGUGAUCGGUCCUGUGGGAACAAUGCUCCGUCCUCUCCAGGACGCGUGGUCAAUGGUCUAACCCGCUAAGGCAUGCAAAACCAUAAGAGUACGCCCCCCCCCCCCCCCAAGGUGUCCAUCGUUGUGGACGACGACAGAGACGGGAGAGGGGGGCAACACGACCGAGACAACGUCCUUAAAAUCAAACCUAGGCUCGCCAUCAUCUCGGACCUGCCGUUGCCGUACUGGAUGGGCACCGUACCGAUAGCUCGGCUGGGGAGCCACGCCGAAGGGGUGUUCGUCGUGGUAACGGAUGGUGGGCGCAGGCUGCUGAUCGAGGCCAGGGACUUUGAGCGCGGCCCUUUGCUCGCCAAAUCGACGGUUUCGUUGGAGGACUGGACAGCGACCACGGGGAUAGCUACCCUCAGUCCUCCCACGGACAAUAGGGCCUUCAAGAAAAUUCUGGAGGAGCAGCUCGCGGCGUUGCUGGGCGCGGGGUUCCGCAGCCGCACGAGCCGAUUGGAGAGGAAACGGGCGGCCCGUGAGGCGCAGCAGCAGGGGGGGGGAGUGCGGUGGCGGGGGACAUUGUUGGAGUUGUCCGAGAUGGAAAAGGGAAGACUCGGGCAGCUCGAAGAGGACGACAAUGGGAGCGAAAACAACGACGCAAACCCAGACAGGCCUCCUCCGAAGCUUCCCCUGCUGCUAUCGCCGCGAGACUCGACGCCGCUGGAGCAGAAGAGGGCGCUGCGCCUCGAGAUGCUCACGAGAAUGGUCGACGACUUCCACGCCAAGCACGGCCGCAGCAGACGCCGCGGCGGUGGUGGCCGCCGGCGCCGCGAAAAGAGGGGGGUGGGUGCCCCCGCACCCGGUGACGCACGGGACCCCACGACGGUGGUUGCGACCGGGUGUGAUGACGAGAGUGCCGUCGGGGGGCAUGACGGUGAACGGGUAAGGGAAGGUCCGGUCCAUAUCGUCAGUAAUGAGGGCCAGGACGGAGAAAACGAUCCCCACAUCACCACCGCCAAUCAAGCAAAGGGCGGUAGGGGCCACGGCAGGAAGUGCGAGCACACGUUCCGGCGGUGUGGCUUCUGUCGGGUGGAGGAAGUCAGACGGGUUCUGGGGAUCCGAGCGCCGGGCCGGACAAGGGAACCGGUGCAGGAGAGCAUGGUGGUGCGUGUCCCGUCGUUGCCACAGUUGAAAUUCGGCGACGACCAAGAUGACGACAACGAAGAGGAAGACUUCGAGUGGGUCACGGAUAGCGACGAAGAGGACCCGGAGUUUGAGUGCGACUCCUGCGGCAGGGUGAUAGAGGACACGUCCGACCGCUUCCACUGCGAGACAUGUGGCGACUACGACUUGAUGCAGCCGAAAAAUGUUGAGCGAGUUCUAGAUGAGACACUGGUGGACGUGUGGAGCGUCAACAACAAAAAGGCAGGGCCAACCGGGGGUAUGGUGAGCCACGGUCUAACCAAGGCUGGCGAUGGCCGUUCGAAUAACAAGUUCAUAGACAUGCUGGUCGAAGCUCUGUAG